UGCAAGGCGGAGCCGCAGGGGAUGCGGGCUGCGUGGCCCACGCCUGCCUCCACUCGGGCCACCGGGUGUGAGACUGUGUCCCGGCGUGUGGCGCACACACACAUACACACGCACACACAGAAACGAGCCCCGCUUCGACGUGCUUGUCAUGGCUUAAAAAUAGAUGCUGAUCCGUCAGCCAGUCUGGCAGUGGCAGCCGCGGCGGCGGCGGCGGCGGGAGAGUCAUGGCCGUGGGGCUGCCGGCGCCUGUGGUCUGCCUCCGGGACUGAGAUCCCUGCCUCUUCCAGACACAGCUACCUGGGGACGGACCCCUCAUCACUGCUGCCACUGUUCCUGCCACCUCUAAGAUGUGCCCAGGUAACUGGCUCUGGGCUUCAGUGACAUUUAUGGCCCGCUUCUCCCGGAGUGGCUCCAGGUCGCCUGUUCGCACUAGAGGGGCCCUGGAGGAGAUGCCAAGCAUCCAGCACCCCUUCCUCAAUGUCUUUGAGUUGGAGAGGCUUCUCUACACGGGCAAGACUGCCUGUAACCACGCGGACGAGGUCUGGCCUGGCCUCUACCUCGGAGACCAGGAAAUAGCCAGCAACCACCGGGAGCUGCGCCGCCUGGGCAUCACCCACGUCCUCAACGCCUCUCACAGCAGGUGGAGAGGCACCCCUGAGGCCUACGAGGGGCUGGGCAUCCGCUACCUGGGAGUGGAGGCCCACGACUCGCCAGCCUUCGACAUGAGCAUCCACUUUCAGGCAGCCGCAGACUUCAUCCACCGGGCGCUGAGCCAGCCGGGAGGGAGGAUCCUGGUGCACUGCGCUGUGGGCGUCAGCCGGUCGGCCACCUUGGUGCUGGCCUACCUCAUGCUCUACCACCGCCUCAGCCUCGUGGAUGCCAUCAAGAAGGUCAAGGACCACCGAGGCAUCAUCCCCAACCGGGGCUUCUUGAGGCAGCUCCUGGCCCUGGACCGCAGGCUGCGGCAGGGUUUGGAGGCCUGAGGGGAGGGAGAGGGAGGUCCCUGGUCCCCAGGAGGAGAGAGGAGGCCCAGGGGGCAGGUAGGGGGAGGUCUGGCUAAACCCUGCUCUCCGGUGGGCAGGAGAGUGAGAGGGCUGAGACAGGACCCCAGGCCACUGUUGCUGUUUGUCAGGAGGGGGUGGGGGGUGAGGUUGGGCAGCGUGAUGAGCACCCAGGAGGGAGCUGACCAGGGAAGGCAGCUGCACUGUGGGUAGAAAUGGGUCCUGGGAUCCUGACGCCGCUGGAUUCCAGCCAGGGUGCUCCCGGGGAGUCACAGCCCCGUCCCCUCUUUGUGCUCAAGUGUUCCCCUCCGUCGUGUAUCAGAACAAAGGGGCCAUCUCUGUCCUGUGCCUAUGUGGGGAGUCAGGGAUGCAGCAAGCACGCGUGUGAUGGUGUGGAGUUGUGCCGAGACGGUAGGGUAGACAGACGGUGAAGAGAUGGUGUGAAAAGCUGAGGGAGAAACCCACAGACUUGUUACUCCAAACACAGGAGGAAGAGGUGUGGGAGGCUUGGCACUGUGCCCGAGGGUGCUGGUCGUGGCCCAAAACUGCAGAGGUGCAUGGCUGGGAGUCUUUAGAUAAUCACUCGCUUACUGGAUCCAAGUGUCUCCAGGAAAAAUAAAGAUGGUGAAUACAAA